AUGUCGCUCGGCCGAUGGCUGUUGAGGACGUUGGCGCUAGCUCCGCUGGUGGUGACACCCUCGGUCUCGACGAUUUGGUCCGCCCGAGAGCUCUACUCGGGCAGCCACUGCGCCGGCACGCCCAAUGUGCUCAAGAUGAUCGCGACGGAGAGCUGCGAGGCGGACGCGUGCAGACCGCACGACCUUGGGGGCUACACGCUGUUCGUGUCUGCAACGUGCAACGUCACGGACCGAUUCAAGUACACGGAGGAGCUGUUCACAGGUUUCGACUACGUCAUGAUGGAGGAGUAUGAUGGAGACGGCUGUGAGAACCUGGUCCAGACUUCAGUAUAUCCCGCGUCGGGGACGUGCGAGAAAUCGUCGGCUCUGGCCAACACGACCGACAUCGUGAGUCUCUUCAUGAACGGGUCCGCGGUGGUGCUUCUCUUUGACGACGGAGACUGUGGGGGUAAACCCUCGCACCAUUUCGUACUAGACAGCGACAUGAUCUCCAAUGGCGAGUGCAUCCAGGGACAUUACAGGUUCUACACAGGAACGGCGUCCGGCAGCACGGACUCGAGCAGCUCGGCGUAUUCCUACGGCAGCACUCAGCUCGACGGAUGGACUUCAGACAAGGGUAUGAGCACUACUGCCAUCGCCAGCGUCGUACUCGGAUCCGUCGCUUGCGUCGCGUUCCUGGCGUUCGCCACGUUCAAGUUCGCUCGUCGACGCUGGUACAGCAACGAUCUUAGCAAGGACACAGGCAUUGCAGCUCUGGCUGCGAGCUACGCCGGGUACCCGACACCCGAGAGCGCCUUGAGCGCCAUCACGCUCGGCUCCGAGGCUUCGCAGUCACAGGGAGGUGCGGAGAAACCUCGGAGUCACAGCACCUACGUGGCCCAGAGCGGGCUGUGGGAGGACGAGGUCAUCAUCACGGCACGGGUUCCACGCGAGAAGGUUGUGCUGAAGGAGCUUAUUAGCAGAGGGGGGUAUGGAGAAGUCUACGCGGGACUGUUCAACGAUGAACCGGUUGCUGUGAAGAUGUUGCUACCGGAGAUGCGUAAGAGCAUCAGCCACCUGAACGCCUUCCUGGCCGAGGUGAAGCUCAUGGCCACGCUGAACCACGAGCGCAUUGUGCAGUUUGUGGGAGUGGCUUGGGACUCGCUCAAUGACCUGUGUGUACUGUCGGAAUACAUGGAAGGAGGCGACCUCCGGACACUUCUCAAGAACUGCGAGAACCACAACACCCCGGUUGGUUUCGACAAGAGCAAGGCCACGAUCGCCCUUCACGUGGCCCACGCUCUCACGUAUCUCCAUUCAUUAUCGCCGCCGGUUCUUCACCGCGACCUCAAGUCCAAGAACAUUCUGUUGACUGCGCAGCUGGAAGCCAAGCUGACGGACUUUGGCGUCUCCCGAGAGCGGGCCGACUACACCAUGACCGGUGGCGUCGGCUCUUCGCGGUGGAUGGCUCCCGAGGUCAUGAUGGGGGAGCGCUACGACGACAAGGCCGACAUGUUCUCGUUCGGCGUCGUGCUGGCCGAGCUGGACCAGCACGCGCUGCCCUACGCCAACGCCAAGGACAGCAACAGCGACUCGGGCCGCGCCAUGCCCGACCUGGCGAUCCUGCAGAUGGUGGCAACUGGCCGCCUUCGCAUCGAGUUCUCGUCCGCAGCCCCCAAGGCCAUCAGAGAGCUGGGCAUGGCCUGCGUCGCCAUCGAUCCUAACGACCGGCCCUCCGCCUCCGACGCACUGUACAAACUCCACACCAUCCUAGCUCGCGGACUAUAG